CUCCGCCCUCGCUGCCCCUCCGCCUCGCCCGCUGCCCCUCGCCCUCGCCAGCCGUCGCACGGAUCACACGCUCCCAUUCAGUCGCCUGCCUUCUCGCACGCCCCGUGACCCACUCUUCUCAGCCUCUCACGCGCACCCAGCCGACGCAAUUAAAGCCCGUCCCCGCCUGCACGCUUCCUCCCUCUGCCCGCCAUGUCGUCCCCCGCACCAGCGCCGCCCCACCCGCCCACAGACGACCCCCACCCGCCCCCGCGCUCCUUCUCCCAGCCCCAGUUCCCCUACCACUUCGCCCCGGCGCCCCCCUCCGCCGCCCCCUCCAUCCGCGAGGCCACCAUCGUCCGCCUCUCCGCCCGGCCCUCCACCGCACACGCCCCAGGCAACCCCCAGCUCGGCCUCGGCGCCUUCGCCCCCAUGUGCGCCUCCGCCCGCACCUCCUACACCCGCGUCGACCAGACCGCACCCGGCACGCCCCAGCCCGAGCCUGCAGAGCUCGAAGACGCAGACCAGCCCCCAGACGCCGCGGAGCUCGAUGCCACCGAGAAGGUAGAUCCGGAACAUGCUCAUCAGGAGCAGGCCGUCCCCCAGAUGCCCCAGGUCGCGCUCACCUUCCUCACCAUCACCGGCAAGCGGCGCACAAUGUCCUUCGACCCCGACGCGACCAUCGGUCGCGUAAAGGAGCUCGUCUGGAAUGCCUGGCCAAAUGAGUGGCAGGACGAGCGGCCGCCCGCGCCGUCGUAUCUCCGGGUCCUGUACCUGGGCAAGAUCCUUCAGGACGAGGACACGCUGUCGAGUGCGUCCCACUCCUUCUCUCGCGUGCAUCGCAGGCUGACCGGGCGCCGCUCCCCUGCUCUCUCAUUCUCCGGCGCAUCGUUCUGCCCCACUCUCGCGAUAUACGUCCUCCCACUCACUGCACGCUGACCGCGCCGCGCCCGUCCCGCCGCGCAGAGUGGUCCUUCCCGGUUACGCAACCUGACCCCGCCGCGCCGCCGCCCCAGGCGACGGUCGUGCACCUCUCCGUGCGCGCGGUGCCCCCGCCCGCGGACGACGCGCC